CAUUCACCAGCAGAGUCCCGCUCCAAAUCCGGUCAGCCGGAGUCCCGGCUCCAUUGCAGACACCGAUUGUGAAUCCUUGUUCGAGCAUAAAUCACUCCAAACCUUCAAUUCAUCACUUCCUGCAGGUGGGAAAUUAAUUCGGUUACAGAAAGUACUCAAGAGGCUUUUCCCAGGCAGCUCAACGAGGGAAAAUGAUCGGAAUACGGGAACCAAGGUUCCAAAGCAGGGUCAGAUUGAGAGCAAUGUCCCAAUGGAAUGCGGUCCAGCCGCAGAGGAGGACAAGCAAAUUCAGCCCAGAGAGAGUGACGUCAGAGACACUGAGCAGGACCCUGGAACCGGCACAAGUGAGGCGACAGCCUGUCAGCCCAGAGACAGUGACGUCAGAGACACUGAGCAGGACCCUGGAACUGGCACAAAUGAGGCGACUGCCUGUCAGCCCAGAGACAGUGACGUCAGAGACACUGAGCAGGACCCUGGAACCGGCACAAGUGAGGCGACUGCCUGUCAGCUCGGAAACUCAUUAAACACGGAAUUGUCCAGUGCUCAACAGGGAGUGGAGACAGAGUUUACAAUCUCCGACCUCCUGGCAGAGGGGGGCGAGUAUCGACUGUACCAACUGACCAAGUUCUACAGGGACAGACUCAAACAUGCAAUUGAAGAGAAAGUUGAACGACUCGGUUGGAUGUUGACAAAGGAUGGACAUUUCAGUGGAGAAGAAAAUGAGAAAGUCACUGAACUGACGGAGAAGGGAAACCGGACAGAGAGUUCCAGACUCUUCCUCAGUUUGGUGAAUGGCAAAGGCUCCCGGGCCCGACGGGCGAUGUGGGAAUCCUUUGUGACGUGGAGGACUGAGUUACCGAAGUUGGACAGGAUACUGAGGGAGAUACAGGAGCUCGGUCCAGACCCAGAGGAAUACAUAAACAUCGCACAAGGGUUGUCUGAGUUACCCACUGAACUGACAGAUGUUCAACAGAAACACAAGGAGACUCUGCGGGCACAAACUGAAACACUGAGAGUGAACACGGUCCUGAUGAGGGAGAAGGUGAAGGUUUUCCAGCUGGUUGAUCGAUACAGAAAGCUCACGGUCAUUUCUACUCUUCGAGAUCGGAGACUGGUGGAACACGAGCUGCUGGCAAGAGGCAGAGACCACGAGGAUUAUAGAGAGAAACAUCUCCGUGGAGAGUUAGAAAAAAUAGAGACUGUUCAGUUAUUCCACAGCAGUUUUUCCCGGAGUAAAUCCAAAUCUGGGAGUUCUGCAGCAGUAGCGGGAGUGCCAGGAAUCGGGAAAACAACAAUGGUACAAAAGAUUGUUUCUGACUGGGCCACCGGGAAAAUAUUCCAACAAUUCCAGUUUGUCUUCAGUUUCAAAUUCCGGGAUUUAAACUCUAUUAACUGCAGAAUAAACCUGAGGGAACUGAUUCUGGAUCAGUAUCCUUACUUUGGGAAUAUCCUGAGGGAGGUCUGGAAGAACCCAGAGGCAUUGCUGUUUAUAUUCGAUGGUUUGGAUGAAUUCAAGCACACAAUCGAUUUUGCGGACUGUCGGAGAGCUACAGAACCCAAGCACCAGUGCCCAGAUCCCGAGUGGUGGUGUGAAGUGUCUGACAUUGUGUACAGUUUAAUCCAGGGCAAGCUGCUCCCAGGGUGUUCAGUGCUGGUGACCACCCGCCCCACUGCGUUACAUUUAUUGGAAAAGGCAGAAAUCAAUGUCUGGGCUGAAAUCCUGGGAUUUGUUGGUGAGGAACGGAAUAAAUAUUUCAUUAGCUAUUUUGAAGAUCAGAUGGUGGCAGCAGCUGUUUUCAAACACGUCCAGGAGAAUGAGAUCCUGUACACUAUGAGCUACAACCCAUCCUACUGCUGGAUCCUCGCUCUGGCACUAGGCCCCUUCUUCACACAAAUAGUCAGGGACCCGCCAUUAGUUCCCAAGACCAUCACCCAACUGUACUCCUACUAUAUCUACAAUAUCCUGAAAAAUCACGGCCGUGAGAUUGAGAACCCCCGUGAUGUGUUACUCAGGGUUGGUCAGAUGGCCUACAGAGGAGUAUCCGAGAAGAAGAUUGUGUUUACAGACGGAGAUUUGAUCAACUACAAUCUGCAGCCUUCCCAGUUCCUGUCCGGGUUCUUGAUGGAGCUUUUGGAGAGAGAGGACUCUGCCCGGAGCGUGGUGUACACAUUCCCACACCUCACCAUCCAAGAGUUUGUAGCUGCAGUCGCACAAUUCCUGACUGUACAUCCCAAGGAUAUCCGGAAAUUCCUGAAUGAAGCCCACAAGACAAAAGAUGGGCGAUUUGAGGUAUUUCUCCGUUUUGUUGCUGGUCUCUCCAACCCAAUGACAGCUCGGGGCCUGGAGGAGUUUCUGGGUCCAUUUCCUCAUCAAACAACCUGCCGGGUGAUUGACUGGGUGAAGGAGGAGGUUAAACGCCAGAGUGGAAACACUGAUGACAUUGGGAGAAGGAGACUCCUGACUACAUUGCACUACCUGUUUGAGUCUCAGAAUCGUGGACUGGCUCAGGCCGCACUGGGAUCUCUGAAAAUACUUUCAUUCAGUGGAAUGACACUGACCCCGGUUGACUGCGCGGUCCUGUCUCAUGCCAUCGGACUCUGUGAUACUAUAAAAGAACUCGACCUGCAGCGCUGCCACAUUCAGUGUGAAGGAAUCCAGCGGCUGGGACCCAGGCUGAACAAGUGCCAGGAGUUGAGACUUGGGGAGAAUCACCUGGGAGAUUCAGGAGUGAAACUGGUGUCUGUGGCUCUGGGGAACCCGGAGUGUAAAAUACAGAAACUGUGGCUGAACAAAGUCUGUCUCACAGAUUCUGGGGCGGAGGAUCUCGUCUCCGCUCUCAGUACAAACCCAUCACUGAUGGAGCUGUACCUGAGUAAUAAUAAACUGGGAGAUUCUGGAGUGAAACUGGUGUCUGCGGCUCUGAGGAACCCGGAGUGUAAAAUACGGAAACUGGAGCUGGACAAUGUCGGUCUCACAUAUUCUGGGGCCGAGGAUCUCGCCUCCGCUCUCAGUACAAAACCAUCACUGACGGAGCUGAACCUGAGCGAUAAUAAACUGGGAGAUUCAGGAGUGAAACUGGUGUCUGCGGCGCUGGGGAACCCGGAGAGUAAAAUCCAGGAACUGUGGUUGAGUGAAGUCGGUCUCACAGAUUCUGGUGCAGAGGAACUCGUUUCCGCUCUCAGUACAAAAGCAUCACUGACUUGGCUGGACCUGAUAUCAAACUCUCUGACAGACCGAUCUGUCCCCGCUCUCCGCCGCCUCAUACUGACCCUCCCGAGUCUGGAUCAGAUCUGGCUGUUGGGGAAUCGGUUCAGUGAGACCGGGGAGAAGGAACUGAGAUCUCUGCAGGAAGUCAGACCCGGACUGACAAUGUGGAUCUGAACAUCUGAAUGUGUCACCGUCCCCGCCCGCCGGAUGGAGCCGAUUCCCCGCCCUCCCCAUUAACUCCCGCCCUUAACCUUUAAUGGCCGCACGCCGUGUGGGGGGGUGGCUUCCCAACGGUUUUAACGGAACUGGUUCCGGUCUCGAGCUGGCUGAUAUCGGAAGCGCUCCCGCAGUGACGGAUUUCCGUCCGUUGUCCAGAGGCGCCACUUCAGCCGGAUGUGCGGGUUCGAGACUCUCCCGCGUGAGACCCCGGGGAAUUACCCAGACAGGAGCAGCCCGGGAGGCCGGGGCUCAGUCUGGGACACCGGUGUCCACGGAUGGGAUUGUCCCAGAAGAGAAUCCUUUUGCUCCCUUUGCUGUGGACGGUGCAUUCUGCAGUCUGGCCGAUAUAAGGAUGUCAAAUUGACAAAUACCUCAGCAAUGGCCUUGGAUCCGCAGCGAUCCCGGACACGGCCCUGCAGUGUGAUUUUAUAAUCAUCCGUUCCCUGAUGCAGAGUGACGGUGAGGGACGAGACUGAUUAAUCUACCUGUCACCCGUUGUCGCCGGUCAGUUAAUUCUGUGUGACUGUGAGAGAGUCGGGAACAGUGUGGCGACCCACUUUCUGCGCAGGCGCAUCGGCUCACAAAUAGCCAGCACCUCUGACGUCAUAAGUAAACGAGUCUCGAAACGACUUAUCGACUGCGUGUUGUGGUCUCUAGCUUUGUAUGUAGUACAUCGCUACAACAGUAUAUUUAUUCCCGCAAGUCAGCAGCUCACAUACUGUUUAGUUUACAUUUACCAUGAUGAAAUCAAUAAACCUCUGUAACUUCCUGCCUUGGUGUCUGAGUUGAGUUUGUU